AUGGCCGACACCGCCGCACGCCCAGGCUUCGCGCAGAAGCAGCACCGUCGUCCAGGAUCGCGCAUCGUGCCCGCCAUCCCAUACCGUCUGUCCAAGUCUCAGCCAUCUGCCAGACCCAUUACCCCAGAAGGCUCCCACAAAGGCGCCGCCGCUCAGCUAUCGGAGCCGCAGCCGGAGCCGCAAAGAGUGCCGGACAAGCAGAUCGAAGAGCACGCGGAACAGAAGCAUGCAGAGCCUGUGCAAGCCCCUCUCACACCCGAGUCGGACGUUUCUGCUGUCGACAAGGGAGAGUUACCAGCAGAUGGCUUGGCUAGCCCAUCGCAGAAUGGGCACAAAGCGCCAUCAGACGCUCAGGGUAGGUUUCCGCUGUGGGCUGCUUCUAAUGUCCAACACGCACUAAGUUUUGAAGAUGCAGGAAACCAAGUCAACGGACAUACCAAUGGACAUGCCGACGAGAAGCCUCCCCCGCCGACGGAGCCCAGCGCCGAAACGAAGCCAGCCGUCAACGGGGUGCAUCGCAAGUUGACCAUACCCUCUCACCUGCCUCCACCAUUCUAUCCCUCGAACAAGACCGAUACGCCGCCUGCAGAGGGGAGUGACACUCCAUCGCAUCGACACCAGCUCAGUGCAGGCGCCCUAGUCUUCAGGAGCGCAAAUGAGUCACCGGCACCUCCUGUGACAUCUCAAGAGCCAGAGCUGCAUCCACACGAACAGCAUGUGCUGCCCCGUCCUCCACCUGGCUUUGGUCCCCAGCAAUUUGCGCCCUUCUUUCCGGGUCAUGCUCAGCAUCUCUCCCAGGCAGGAACGCCCUGGCACAUGCCCCCAACCACAGUUGCGCCGCCUGAUCCCACGUACGCAAACGGCUCUGAUUUCCGCCCUUCCCAGUUUCCUAGUGGUCCGGACGGCUACUCGAACCCUUACAACGGCCAUUUCUCGCCCGAACAGGCACCUUUCGUCGCAAAUGGUACCCCCACCUCUCAUUCGCAGUCACCGAGCAAGGCACAAUUUGGCGAAACGGUACCGACUUCAGAGCAUGGGGAGGAGCAUCGUGCCUUGCCCUACCAGAACGGCACUGCGCCUCCUCCCGCUGAGCGCCUAGAGGAGUCGCCUUUUGAGCUUGCGGGUUAUCUUUCUACGCAGUUUGGGAAUCCAGAAUUCGCCGACUUUGUCCUCCAAGUUCGAUCUCCGGAAUCGGUCCUGGUAUCAGUGCCUGUGCACGGCAUCAUAGUGGUACGCAGUCCAGUCAUAGCAGAAGCUAUCCGUCGCAGUCCUGUCCCAAGUCAUCGUAGCAGGGAUGCGCGUCGGCUAGUCGAUGUCGUCGCGCUGGACCCUUUCACCACUGGCGAAUCUCUGGGAGAGGCUGUCAGAGUGCUGUAUGGUGCCCCACUUCUUUCCGCCCAGACCUUCCUCUAUGGCCUCGCACCUUACAUGUACCAGAGUGACCAAGCAACUCCCUCCAAUAACGCUCGCCGGCGCAUGCAACAAAUUCUGAGUUAUAUUGCGGCAGCAAGGACUUUCCAGAUACCUAGCAUGCAGGCACGUGGCAUCGAGAUUGCAAGGAUGCUUCUCCGAUGGGACACUGUGGAGCAGGUCUUGCAAUACAUACUGCAAGCCAAUUCUGGACCACGGUCAAGAGCCGAAGGACCUGAUACGGACGACCCAUUCAUCUCAACGCUACUGAACUACGCUCUUGAGUUCCUUGCCUUCACCUUUCCUAUCGACUUCAAGUUGUACACGAUAGCGCCUGAGUUCUCCGACGCACCACGUUUGCCUGCGGUCGUUGAGAAUCGCCAGGCCGCGCAUAAUCCACGGCUAAGCAAGAUUCGCUUUGGUGAUGCACCGACGGAAGACGACCACCAGCCCAGCCAUUCGACUGUCGUAUUGUCGACCAUUCUUCUAUCGCUACCGCUUCCGCUCGUAGAGCGCCUCUUUAAUCAUCGUGCGACAGCUAGUCAGAUUGGAUGGACUGGUGCUAAUAAGAUCUUACGGGAUGUCGUCAACGAGCGCGAGAAUCGACGCCAGAAAGCUUCAAGAAGCCAGUUAAAGCCGACUCAAGAUGGCACAAUUCCCGCCGGGCUACUAAGCAACGUCUAUCUUGAGGAGCGUGUGGAACAGGUCGAGCCGUCGCCGCUGCAUCCUUCUGGUCAUCGCUUGGCGACAAAACGGGUCGCUGGUGAAACCUGA